GGGGAGCAAAGCUGUUGAGCCGCGAGGAGUGAGGCUGAGCCUGGCCGUGCGCGCUCCCAGAGGGCCAGCUCCUGAGCCGGAGUUCCUUCUCCGCGGCUUCUGGCUCCGGGCCCCUCCUGCCCAGGGCAAUGCAUCCUUGAGUGGCGGCGUCUGGACCCCAGGCAGCCCCAGAGGACCGAAGCCAAGGAAAGAAGGCUGGGGCCAAGACACGCGCUGGGGGCUUGGAUGCCUGGCUUUCUCUGAGGACAUCUUUGGAGCGAGGGUGGCUUUGGGGUGGGGGGCUGUGCUGCAGGGAAUCCAGCCAGGCCCCAAGAUGGACACUUCUGGGCACUUCCAUGACUCGGGGGUGGGGGACCUGGAUGAAGAGCCCAAGUGUCCCUGUCCAUCCUCCGGGGACGAGCCCCAGCCGGCGGCGGCCCCCCAGCAGCGCCCGGGACCCCUGGUGCCGCCUCAGCCCGCACAGCUCCAGCCGCCGCCGCCGCCGCCGCCGCAUCCCUUGUCUCUGCUCGCCCAACUCCAGGGCCAGCCUGUCCAGCCGGGCCUGCUGCACUCCUCUCCCACGACGCUCAGGGGCCUCCCUUCGGCCAACUCCACCGCCGUCCUCCACCCUUCCUCCAGGCAGGGCAGCCAGCUCAAUCUCAAUGACCACUUGCUUGGCCACUCUCCAAGCUCCGCAGCCACAAGUGGGCCUGGCGGAGGCGGCCGGCACCGGCGGGACAGCAACCCGUUCACGGAGAUCGCCAUGAGCUCCUGCAAGUACAGUGGUGGGGUCAUGAAGCCCCUCAGCCGGCUCAGCGCCUCCCGGAGGAACCUCAUCGAGGCCGAGCCCGAAGGCCAGCCCCUCCAGCUCUUCAGCCCCAGCAACCCCCCAGAGAUCAUCAUCUCCUCCCGGGAGGACAACCAUGCCCACCAGACCCUGCUCCACCACCCCAACGCCACCCACAACCACCAGCAUGCCAGCACCACUCCCAGCAGCACCACCUUCCCCAAAGCCAACAAGCGGAAAAACCAGAACAUUGGCUAUAAGCUGGGACACAGGAGGGCCCUGUUUGAAAAGAGGAAGCGGCUCAGUGACUAUGCUCUGAUUUUUGGGAUGUUUGGAAUUGUUGUUAUGGUGAUAGAGACCGAGCUCUCUUGGGGUUUGUACUCAAAGGAUUCCAUGUUUUCGUUGGCCCUGAAAUGCCUUAUCAGUCUGUCUACCAUCAUCCUUUUGGGUUUGAUCAUCGCCUACCACACGCGGGAGGUCCAGCUCUUCGUGAUCGACAACGGCGCGGACGACUGGCGGAUCGCCAUGACCUACGAGCGCAUCCUGCACAUCAGCCUGGAGAUGCUGGUGUGCGCCAUCCACCCCAUCCCCGGCGAGUACAAGUUCUUCUGGACGGCCCGCCUGGCCUUCUCGUACACGCCGUCGCGGGCGGAGGCCGACGUGGACAUCAUCCUGUCCAUCCCCAUGUUCCUGCGCUUGUACUUGAUCGCGCGCGUCAUGCUUCUACACAGCAAGCUCUUCACCGACGCCUCGUCCCGCAGCAUCGGCGCGCUCAACAAGAUCAACUUCAACACCCGCUUCGUCAUGAAGACCCUCAUGACCAUCUGCCCGGGCACCGUGCUGCUGGUGUUCAGCAUCUCGCUGUGGAUCAUCGCCGCCUGGACCGUGCGCGUCUGCGAAAGGUACCAUGACCAGCAGGACGUCACCAGUAACUUCCUGGGCGCCAUGUGGCUCAUCUCCAUCACGUUCCUGUCCAUCGGUUACGGGGACAUGGUGCCCCACACAUACUGUGGGAAGGGCGUCUGUCUACUCACCGGUAUCAUGGGUGCGGGCUGCACUGCCCUCGUGGUGGCCGUGGUGGCCCGAAAGCUGGAGCUCACCAAGGCAGAGAAGCACGUCCACAACUUCAUGAUGGAUACGCAGCUCACCAAACGGAUCAAGAAUGCUGCCGCCAACGUCCUCCGGGAAACGUGGCUGAUCUACAAACACACGAAGCUGCUGAAGAAGAUCGACCACGCCAAAGUCAGGAAGCACCAGCGGAAGUUCCUCCAGGCCAUCCACCAACUGAGGAGCGUCAAGAUGGAGCAGAGGAAGCUGAGCGACCAAGCCAACACCCUGGUGGACCUUUCCAAGAUGCAGAACAUCAUGUACGACCUGAUCACAGAGCUCAACGAUCGGAGCGAAGACCUGGAGAAGCAGAUCGGCAGCCUGGAGUCCAAGCUGGAGCACCUGGCUGCAGGCUUCAGUUCCCUGCCCCUCCUCAUCGCCGACGCCCUGCACCAGCAGCAGCAGCUCCUGUCGGCCAUCGCCGAGGCCCGGGCCGGCCCCGCGGGCGCCACCCACACGCCCCCAGCCUCCGACAGCCCCCUCGGGGUCAGCUCCACCUCCUUCCCGACCCCAUACACAAGUUCAAGCAGUUGCUAGAUAAGCCCCCCACUCCAGAAGCAUUGCCCAUAGGUCUUAAGAUGCAAAUCAACUCUCUCCUGGUCACUUUGCCAUCAAGGACCCAUCGGACCAGGGACCGUAAAGAGGAGAGACCGAGCUAAUCACCCAACUCGUGUUCAUUCAGCGUGCUUGGUUCAACAUGCCUUGGAACCAGAAAUCUAAUCUCUGUUUAGGUGCCUCUACUUGGGAGCAGGAAGAGGAGGUGAGAGGACGCGGGCCCCUGGCAUCAGGGCUGGUGCAGAACAGAAAUCACGCUCCAUCUCAGGUCUCACGUGGGGGGCGGGGGGGCAGGUGCACGAGGCAGCCAAGAGAGAAGGAGCCCAGAAGAGGGUUCCAGGGGGGUGGCUUCCGGCUCGGGGGGUCCCUCCCUACUGGGGCCUCAGGAAGCCUCCGGGCGACAAAAGGCAGGAAGGGCAGCCACAACUUGCCGAAACAGACGUUCUUUCCUCCCGAACCUUAACCGGUCAUAAAACCCAUUUAGACUAAAAAAAAAGACAAAUAAAAAGCCAGAUUUUCCU